CCCAGAAGAACCGGAAUGAUACUCAAAACAAUGGACCAGAUAUCAGUAUAUUCUAUGUUUUUGAAAACACAUAUAACAUAUCUUGUGAGAUGCUUGGACCCAAAAAGUAUACUAUAUGUGUGCAUAGUUGUUUUAGUAACUCUAUGGUUUUACUGGCUGUUUUUUGUACCUUUUGUGUGGAAGAAGUAUUUGGACGAUGUAAGUUACUCCAAAGUGUCGACAACAGAAGAUUUCUGUCGUAAUGAUCAUAAGCGCGAUGCAAUAAACCGCAUACGAAAAGCAAAAAAAAACAGUUCAAGUGAAAUGCCGCCACCAUUUCCGAACGGUUGGUAUGGUAUUCUAGAAUCAUCGAAACUCCGACCCGGUGAAGCAAAAUUUAUAGCUUGUUUGGGAGAGAAGCUUGUCGUCUAUCGCACACAAAAGCAUAAAGUCUUUAUUUUGGAUGCAUAUUGUCCCCAUUUAGGAGCCAACUUAGGCAUUGGUGGACGAGUUGUUGGUGAUAACAUUGAGUGCCCAUUUCACCAAUGGAGUUUUCGGGGCAAAGACGGGGGCUGCAAUAACAUUCCAUACAGCACUUCGAUUCCUCGAGGUACCAAUGUUAAAAAAUGGAUAUCCCAGGAAGCUAAUGAUUUUAUAUUUAUUUGGUACCAUGCUGAGUCUACGGAUCCUUGGGAGCUUCGUGUACCUAUGCAAGCUCAGACGAAAAAUGUCGUUUACCAUGGACGAAAUGAAUUUUACAUAAAUUGUCAUAUUCAGGAGAUACCAGAAAACGGCGCUGAUAUGGCGCACUUCAGCGCUAUUCACAACGAAAGCUUUCUUGCUGGUAGCUUGGCACCCAGUAUUAGUGUUCUGGGCCAACUUGGAUGUCAUAAAUGGAAUGCAAGUUGGUUUCCAGCAUCAGGAAAAGGGAAGCAUAUUGCAGAAAUAGCUCUCACUCAUUCCUUGAAACUAAUUGGAAAGGUUUAUUGUUUUCAGAUGAAUGUCUCCGGGAAACAGAUCGGACCGUCCUUCGUUUACCUAAGAAUGAAUUCAUCCACUUUUGGACAAAUCCAAGUUUUGCAAACUAUAACACCAAUUGAGCCUUUGCUUCAAAAAGUGAUCCAUCGAUUUUAUGGACCGCGUUGGCUAGGUCCCCUUUUAAAAGUAUUUAUUUAUGGAGAAAGUAUAAUGUUUGAACGAGAUAUCAAUAUGUGGAAUCAUAAAGUUUUUCGGCGAAAUCCGAUACUGGCUAAAGAAGACACUUCUAUUAAGCAAUUUCGAAUAUGGUAUUCACAAUUCUAUACAUCCAAUAGCAAAAAAUUCUCAGAAGUGACCAACGUAGGUUGGUGAACUGAACGCGAAAGGUCAAUAUAAAAAUCCAAACAGUAAAAAACCAUAUUUAGACUUUUAAGAAGAAAAUAAAUGACAAGUUCUCUAUAGUGCAGUUCGGUGCUUUCUGUGUGUUUUUGAAUACAAAUUCUGAGUAAACAUGUUCGUACAUAUGUAUAUGUAUGUACAUAUACUAUGAUGAGAAUUAAUGAAGGUCAGCAGCGGAUGAAUAAACUUAGCAUAGAAAUAUUAAUUUGCAUAACAUGCAAACAUAACUUGUGACGCCCAGCCCGGCCCAGCGCCAAGCGUCACAAUAACAACAGCAUUCCGUAGUAUUAUUAUUUCAUUCCAUUUAAACAUUUACUUAGACAUAAGAGAAACAACCUGAAGAUUAAUUUAAUUAAAAAAGAAAAAAAACAAACAAAAACAACAAACAACAUGACUUUUAAAAUAGCGAUCAACCAGGAACGGCCACACACAAAAUAUUUAAAUCUACGCGCCAACAAUGUGACCAGCGAUCAGAACCAAACGGCCACACUCCUGCACGCUGCGAGUAGCCACGUGCGGCCCUGACGACCCUGAAGGAGGACAUCAAGGACGAUCCAGUUAACCAUUCGAGCCAUAUAUAAACUCUGUACGCUUAAGCUAAAUAA